AUGAAGACGUGGGAGGAGGCUCUGGAGUACUGCAGGGGUCACUACACCGACCUCCCCAGCCUACUCUCUAAGACUGAACAUCUCCAGGCCCAGAGCAAGAUAGAGGGUGCCCAGACCGACCAUGUGUGGACGGGUCUGAUCUUCCUGGCCAGAGAAUGGCUCUGGGUGAACGGGGACCACCUGGAGUACCAGGCCUGGUCUGGCGGGAAGCUGCCCCACUGCCCCGCUCAAUACCUCCACUGUGGGACCCUGACCAGAGAUGGAGAGCACUGGGGAACCAGGAACUGUGAGGAGAGAAGGAACUUCCUCUGCUACAGAGCGUGA